ACAAUUCAUUAUUAAGUUUCACAAAUGUCUUAAGUGAUUUUAAUAUAUAAUAUACCUAGUUAUAUUAUAAAUUAUUGUGCUUAUUGAAAUAAGCACAGUGUAAUUUGCACUUUAACAUUUAAAUAAUUUUAAGUUAUCAAUUAACUAUUAGAUAUCGUACUUUGAUUACAUGUUGGAAGAAGAUUAAUUAAAAAUUACGGUCAUAAUAUUCAGAUUUGGUAAUAGGUCAGUGUAUCUCUUUUUUUAACAAAAGUAUUGGAAUAUUUUAAUAACAUUAUGGAAAAAGAACCAAACGUCACUGCUAGUAUAGCAGCGAUAAGCACUCUGAUGAAGCUUUUGGAACUCGAUAAGUCUGAAACUGUCCAAGAACUCGAUGUUAAUUUACAAUCGGCCGUCGAAGUAAUUACAAGAGGUAGUAUAAAGGUGACGGGCGUUUCAUCGGGAUGUGCUUUAUUUAUGCGAUUCAUAACGUUUGCCAAGUUGGACAAUAUUAGUUUUGCAGAAUGUAAAAAAGUAAUGUUGGCUAGAGGCAAAGUAUUCUUAAAGAAACUUACGGAAGCUAGGAACAAAGUAGCCAAGAUCACUCUUCCAUUUAUCGUUGAUGGUGCUAAUAUUUUAACGCAUUCAAAAUCGAGAGUGGUACUCGAAGCCAUGAAACUGGCGGUAGCUACUCAAAAAAGAUUUCACGUGUACGUUACUGAAUCGGCUCCUGACAACAGCGGACAAGAAAUGUACAAAUGUUUGACUGAACUAAAUAUACCUUGUACGUUAAUACUGGAUUCGGCAGUCGGCUACAUAAUGGAAAAAGUAGACAUGGUUAUGGUCGGAGCUGAAUGUGUUGUCGAGAGUGGAGGCAUCAUUAACAAAAUCGGCAGCUGUACGAUGGCUAUUUGUGCGAAAGAAUUUAAAAAGCCAUUUUACGUAUUGACUGAGAGCUACAAAUUUUCCAGAAUGUAUCCGUUAAAUCAAAGAGAUUUGCCCGAUAAUUUCAGAUAUCCAUCAAAAAAUGAUAAAAAUUUGUCAAACUCUCAUCCCAUUGUUGAUUACACGCAUCCGUCAUUCAUAAGCUUAUUGUUUACUGACCUGGGAAUAUUGAUGCCGUCGGCAGUAAGUGACGAACUAAUCAAAUUGUACCUCUAAGCGAAGAAAGUGGAAUAUUUUUAUAAAAGCUCAAAUUUUUUCCAUAAAAAAUAUUCGAUACCACAUACAUUGUAUCCGUAUUUAAGUUGUCUCAAAGGAAUACACACGUUUGAAUUGAUUAUUUGUUGAAACACCAUUAGCCCUAUAUCUUAGUACUUAUAAACGAUUGCAAUUACCAAUGUAAUUUAAUGUAUAUUAUAACAAUAUAAAUUAAAUAUAUCAUAGAUUUAUGUAUAAA